CGGUAUGAAUGGUCAGAUGAUUCUUCCUUUGACUACCUGGUAGAACGGAUGCAAAAUGGUAACGCAGAAGAUGAAUUAGGUGCUUGUGUUGCCAUCAACUUCAACUUCAGGUUAUUUUUGCAUUUUCAGAUGAAUUUAGCUCUUUUAAAUUCUAAGAAUAUAGUUCUGAAUGCAGUUUGUAUAAAAUUAAAAAAAAACUUUAUUAUGAUGGUGUUACCAUAUCAUUUAGGAAUUGUGAUUGUUGCAGAAUAUUCAUGGAUUCACCAAAGAUGUAACAGUCAACAUUUGGCUAUCUGUAGUAAGAUGGGUUUUGAUUAUCGAAUUGAAUAUAAGAAAUCAGCCAAAAGUGAAAGGUAUUUGGCAAAGUUUGGCGAUUGGAAAUGCAGUAAUGGAUAUAAAUUAUUCCGAUUUGUUUUAUCAAUGCUGCAAGGAUUGAACAGUGAUGCAUGGAUCGGGAUGGAUUUAAGCAAUGGACAUUUAAGAUGGCUUGAUGAUGAACCUAUUAAAUUUACCAAAUUUCGUUCCGAUAGAAAAAUAAUUCCAGUUGCAAAUGAUCAUUACAUACUUCAGGUUAGUGACAUUACUGUUCCAAAGUCAACAAAGCUUAGCAAACAGUGUUUAUUAAAUGACUAA